UCAAAUAGACUAUACCAGGAAGAGGAGUAUAACUAAUCAGACCAGAAAGAUUUGUUUAAGGAAUGUUUCUUCUGGGAGUUUAUUAGUCUUCUGUGUUACUAUUUUAAACAAACUUUUAUUUGGUUCUGGAUGUUUGAAUGACCCCCUGAUGGAAGCCUAAGUUUUCUAUUGGAUUAUUUCCCCUCCUCCAGUUGUCUGGAAUAGGGAGGCCUCUACUUCUCAUAAAUAAAUACAGAACUGUUACUACAUUAGGUUUAAAACAUGACAUAUACAGCAUUGUUAUUAGGAGCCAUAGCGGCGCAGUGGUUAGAGUGCAGUACUGCGGGCUAUUUCUGCUGACUGCUGGCUGACUGAAGUUUGGCAAUUCGAGUUUCACCAGGCUCAAGGUUGACUCAGCCUUCCAUCCUCCCGAGAGCACUACAAUGGAUACUUCAGAUUCUGUGGCUUCGUCUCAAAAACCAAAACAGAAAGGCAGGAAACCAAAACAGAAUAAAAACGAAGAAAUGGAAGAAGAAAAUGAGGAUGCAAGUUCUUUGGAAGAGUUAACAGAGAGUCCCCAACAAGAUCUAUCCAGUGAAAUUAUUCCAUACUCUGAAACAGAUCUAUCCAGUGAAAUUAUUCCAUACUCUGAAACAGAUCUAUCCAGUGAAAUUAUUCCAUACUCUGAAACAGAAAUAUCAAGGACAGAAGGAACACCUGCAGUUGUGUAUGACGAUGGUGUCUAUCACUCAAGAUGGUGGAUUCCAAGGAUUCGGAAAGAUGAUGAAUUCUUCCAUUUUGUCAUUCUUUGUUUUGCUGUUGGAAUGUUAUUAGUCUGCUAUUAUAAAUAUAACAACUGGACAAUUUCCACUGGAAUUGGUUUGAUAACCUUUGCAACCCUAGAAACAACAGGAAUAUAUUUUGGCCUUUGGCAACGCAUUCGAAGUAUCCUGGAAUCUUUCAUUCCCCUUAUCCAAAGAAUCAGAAUGCCUGGGUUCAAAAAACUUAACUAAGCCAGAAAUCUCAAGAAGCACUGCAAAAAUCCUGGUUGGUUUCAUGACUGCAGUGACAACUGUAACAAUUUGCAAACAAUAUCAAUGUCUGGACUAAAGAAUUGAGAUCCUAGGACUGGAGCUGGUAAAAUGGGAUGAAGAGCUUGGGCCAUCCAAACACAGCACAGAUGCCAUCAACAGCUCCACAACAGCCCGAAGGGAAAUGGCCUUCAGGCAGUCCUUUACAAGGAAAGGACUGGAGAAAUCAACUCAGAAUUUAAACCUUGGCAAAUGCGUAUAAUAUAGCUAGACUUUCAGACUCUUUAGAAGCUGUUUCUGUCAUUAGAGAUGCUGGUACUGCAAUAAAGUUACUUAUCUAUCCCCAA